CGCUUUCCGUUAAGGCCGAUGACACGCAGGCUGUGCCUUUAACCGGCGGACGCUGAGACCACGCGGAGCGCUCUGUUAGCCGGCCGGCGCUCACCGUGAACCGUUGCUGAUCUCCGCUCCCACCGGAUAGAGAACAGCUGAGAGAGAGGGCAACGUCUGGCUCUAUGUGGCUGCGCGAAGCCCAAACAUUAUAGGCAUUCCCCCUGACUUCUUUUUUUUUUUUCUUCUUCUUCUUCAAGUUAUAUGGUUAUAAUGAUGUGAGGAUGGCCAAGCGACCGGGGACUGACGACGGGAUGCUGACUUCGCCGACCAUUCUCCGGGAUUUCGCCCCCAGUUUGGACACCGAGGAUGUGAACAUGGACUGCGGCGACGGAGCCGAGGAGGUCUCCUUGGAAGAAAUCCUGACACUGUACAGCCAGCCGAUAAACGAGGAACAGGCGUGGGCAGUGUGCUACCAGUGUUGUCGGACUCUGGCGCAGAGACAUCGGCGGAAGAGCCCCAAGUCUGCCGGGGCUUCGGCCGUCGACCAUCCGAGGAGGAUUGAGGGACCCGGGGAUGUGAGGAUCGGCAGGGACGGGACCGUCAAUCUGCGCUUCGAAGACGGCACAGAUAAAUACAAAUCGGCCCCCACGUCAUUAGAGGUUAUGGACUCACUGGGUGUCAUGAUCUACAAAGCUCUGGACUAUGGCCUCAAAGCAAACGAGGAGCGUGAACUCAGCCCGCCGCUGGAGCACCUGAUCGACAUGAUGACCAACAACGAAGCAACCGAGAGUGACCCCUGUCCUGACGAGGGCUACGAGGCCACUGAGGAGGAGGAUGAGUGUGAGGAGGAGGAGGAGGAGGAGGAGGAGGAAGAGAAGCUUGUCUCUGCUACCACCAGCGGCACAGUCAGCAGCAUUCGCAGUUAUCGAGAUAUCAUCCUGCUUUGUUCUUCCCACCUGCCCAGCCCGUCAGACGCUCCCAGUCAUUACCAGGCUGUGUGUCGCGCGCUCUAUGCCGAGACCAGGGAACUGCGCACCUUUCUGGAAAAGAUCAAGAGUGCCAAGGAGAACCUACGGAGAAUGGAAGGGGAGACUCGGGAGGAACCUGUUAAAGACCUCAAUGAGCUGCAGAAUGCAGACUGGGCACGGUUCUGGGUGCAGGUGAUGCGGGACCUACGAAAUGGUGUGAAGUUGAAGAAGGUUCAGGAACGCCAGUACAACCCACUGCCCAUUGAAUACCAGCUCACGCCCUACGAAAUGCUGAUGGAUGACAUCCGCUCCAAACGUUACAAGCUGCGAAAAGUUAUGGUAAAUGGAGACAUCCCUCCAAGGUUAAAGAAGAGUGCGCAUGAAAUUAUUCUCGAGUUCAUCAGGUCACGGCCUCCUCUCAACCCGGUCUCAGCCCGUAAACUGAAACCCCACCCUCCCCGACCUCGCAGCCUCCACGAGCGCCUGCUUGAGGACAUCAAAGCUGAAAGGAAGCUCAGGCCGGUCUCGCCGGACAUGAUCCGCAGAAGCCGUCUGGGCGCAGGGAAAAGCAUCAGCACCCCUCAGGACUUGUUCCGAAGCUCAGAUACUCCUGAUGCCCCCAGGAAGUUGGCUGUCAGCACCCAAUCUCUGGCCAGUGGCACCGCGGGACCCAGUCAAGGUGGAGUGCAGCCGCUUAGCCAGAGGAAGAGGCUGCUCAGGGCGCCCACGCUGGCCGAGCUGGACAGCUCCGAAUCUGAUGAGGAGCCUACGCGGAGCAGCUCCAGUAUGUCCACAUCUUUGAUGGAGGACACGUCACCCGAGUCUGUCAUAGGGAAGAAGGCUCCUCCAAAGUUCCUGCCUGUCUCCACCACCCCACAGCCAGACAAGCGACAGUCUCCACAGAGGCGGCACUCUAUCGAGAAGGAGGCACCCACUAGUGUCCAACCCUUUGUACCUCCAUCCAAACAGAGCUCCAAGUCUUUGGUGGAAGCUGUCAGUGGUGCUCAGGGCACGGAGGAGUUCUGCUACCCAGUGGAGUGUCUGGCUCUGACGGUGGAGGAGGUGAUGCACAUCAGACAGGUUCUGGUCAAGGCUGAGCUGGAGAAGUUUCAGCAGUACAAAGACAUCUACAACGCCCUCAAGAAAGGAAAGCUGUGCUUUUCAUGUCGCACCAAGAGAUUCUCCCUCUUUACCUGGUCCUACACCUGCCAGUUCUGCAAAAGGCCCGUGUGUUCCCAGUGCUCUAAAAAGAUACGGCUGCCAUCUAAGCCUUAUUCCACCUUGCCCAUUUACUCUUUGGGUCCCAGUGCUAUGGCUAAAGAAGAGGCAAGUGGAGCGUCUGCCCCGGCAGAGUCUGAAAAGCACCCGUUUGGGUCUGGACACAGCCGACACAGCUUACGCCGCAGUGUUUACAAGUUGUCCAAGCAUGGCAGUAGUAGCAGCAAAGACGGCCGAUCACAGGACGAGCCUGAGCUGCCCAAGGAGCUGACAGAGGACUGGGUCACCAUGGAGGUCUGUGUAGACUGCAAAAAGUUCAUCACGGAGAUCAUCUCCUCCAGCAAGCGCAGCCUUUGCGUGGCCACCAAGCGUGCCCGUCUGAAUCGCAAAACCCAAUCCUUCUACAUGUCAUCUUCUAACUCGAUCAACUUCAGGCCCUCAGAGCGCACCAUCAAUGAGGUGUAGAAAGUAGGGACUGCCCUGUGCACUUUUGUUAACGCUGAGCUUUUUCGUUCAAUGGAAAAAAAAAAAAAAUUAAAAAUCCCCUUAGUCUACUUUUGACACGGACUGGUUCAAUGCAUUUUAUAUAAAUGGUGAUUUUCAAAAAAUCUGAGGUGACCACGAAGCCAGUCCAUCCCACCCCAAAGGUAGUAAAGGUUCUUAUACCUUACCCCCUCUCAGGAAAAGCUGGCACGCUACGAUUGGUCAUAACUAGUCAGGACUCUGCAGUAGCUGCCAGGGAACAAAGGAGAGCCAUGUUUCUGUCAGUGGCAGUGAUGGUUCAGGACACGGUGGGUAAGAUGGAUAUACUGAGCUGCUGAUGUCGCGAUUGUGAACCAGAUAAAAGAAUGUAUAUUUGAUAUAAGAGUGGGAUCAGAGGAUACAGAAAGCCAAACGUUGCAGUGAUUUCAUGUAAAUAAUCUCAAGGCCCAACCCUAAUCUUAGCUAUCAAUAAGUUUUCCAGUUCCUGUUUACUUCGAGCACUCAGGAAGAACAACCGAUUGUCUUUUUUGACAGAAAUGCACUGUAGAUCCUCCUGUCAGGUCUGCUGGGGUAGAUCUCAGCCACUUCCCUGUCCCUCCUUUAUUCUUCCAGCAACAAUCAUGCCAAAUGUUACAUCAUUCAUUUUUUAGCCAGUUUAUAUGCAUAUUUACUGUUAGAACAUAAUGCGUUGAGGGGUGGGAAUAGUCAGUUUAUUUUUCUGGGCAGGGUUUAGCUUUUAGUUAUAAUGUAUAUUCAAUUCUGUGCCUGGUGCCAAAAUGUAAUUUUUUUUUUUCCCUUUUUUCUUUGAAUGCCUUUGUAGAUACGGAGCUAUUGUGUAUAUAUGUGUGAUAACUCAAUGGGGGGCAUUUUAGGGUAAUCCAAGGUUUGGUUUGGUAAUAGAAGCACAGAAAUGUGGGUUAUGAAUGUGUACAUGCUGUAUAUCUUACUUGUUCAAAAAUUUAAAUUUAAUAUAAAAAAACUUAACUCAGUAGAAGUAUAAUUUUACCAUGUUUUAAGAUUUCUGCCUCUGGAGUUUCUUUAUUUAAAAUUCUUCUCUGAGACCUUUUGUUAUUAAUGUUAUUAUGUUUGUGUCAGUGUAAUAGAUUUUAUUUCUAUUGUAUAGUUUAUAAACUCCUCAGUGUUAAGAUACUACGCUAAAUUGCAAAUAGCACUUUUAUUGGACCAAUUUAUUGUUUUUGUUUGGUUUUUGUCUUAAUUAAAAAUCUUUGUUUUUCACAUCAUGGGGCUCCAUAGUGCCAUUUCCCACGGUUCCUCAUGAAUGAAAAUGUGUGUGAAUGGCUGCAGGUUGUCUGUAAGGAAGAACAAUGGCUAAAACAAAACACUCCACCGACUUGAUUUUAGGCAUUUUUAAGUGUAUCAUUGUCAUUGAAUAUACUUUAUGAACAUUUUAUCCUUUUCAAGACGGCACAGUCUCACUCACAUAUAUACACAUGCAUACAUACACACAUACAAAUCUCAUGUUCUCAUGUUCAUAUAGUGUGUUUUGUGACAAUUGUUACCAAAUGAACAGGAAGCCUAACCAGCCCGUCAAUGAUGCCAUGUUCCAAGGAAAUAGUACAUCUGACCAGUUUCAUUUUGGACCUCUGUAAGGAAUGUGUGCAUGCUGUAUUGUGAUCUAUUUGUUUUUAUCAAAGAAAUUAUAAUAAAAUCAUGAUCCUUACUUUAUGACUCAGUCACCCUAUUACAUGAUUUCAAGCUUGGUGGUAAAUUCAAUUUCACAAAUGUGAAGUAUUAGCGAGCACACGAGUGCAAAGUCCUAUCCGGCAGCAGAGGGCGACGGAAGGAAAUCUUUGUGUUGUCUUCACAUCAUAUUGUUGUGUUAGGGACAUCAUGUGGUAGGAGAUGUGUAUUGCAGGCAAUUUAAGUUACAUCACUUUUCCUUAUUCAGAAUUGAUAUACUUGAUUAUGCUGAUACAAUAAUAAAAUAUCACAAAGUGUUACAUACAAACCCUUUUUUUGCAAUUGACCAGCUGCAAUAAUUGUCAUUUUAGGAAUGCUGACAGUACAUUAAACUGAAAUACUUUACCUUGGCCUACCUGGAGACCUUGCAAGUAAUACUAACUUUAUCAACUGAAAAUUAUUGCCUCACUUUUCCUUCUUUUAUUUGGUUUCUUGAUCUUCAUGUAG